UUUUUAUGUGUGUGAGGAUGUUUUGUGCUAUUCUACACGGACCCUUUUGUAAAUUUAAUUGGUUUAUACGGAAUCUAUUUUGCGGACAAUACAAAUUGUAUAGUAAAAUCUCACAAAUUCAUUUUAGGGUAAAAUUGUAUACUGUUUUUAGAGGACGCGGUUUUAGCGGAUCCGUCUAAGGCUGUCAAAGGAGGCUGUUUUCAUCCUCCCAGAUCGCACUCUACCCAUCCAUGGCUGAAUCGGCCGGCGGCGGUGAGCCCCGGCUCCCCGAGGAGCUCGUCCUCUGGGAGAUCCUGACGCGCCUGCCGGCGAGGUCCCUCCUACGGUGCCGCGCCGUCUGCACAUCCUGGCGCCGCAGCCUCACCUCCGACACGGGCCUCCUCCUCGCGCACCAUCGCCACCAGCCGGCGCUCCAGCUCGUCACCACCGGGGACGACCUGGAGGGCAGGAUCGACGCGCUGGACCCCCGCGCCGGCGAGCGCCGCCCCGUCGCCCGCACGGACCGGGCCGCCUCCCCCAUGGACCUCGUUCUGCUCGCCGCCUGCUAUAUAGGAAUGGCACGGUAUAACCCUACUCUUACUGUAACAAGUAUCAAUGUUGUGUUAAUCGAUAUGAUAUCUGAGAGUCAUCUUCAUCGGAGGUUUUUGUUUCGAAAAAUAUCGGUUCCUGCUUUUCACCUUAUUUUUUGACUGUACCAAUUUACGCACUUUGGUUAGAUUUUCUUGUAAAUCUGCGAAGUUUUUGACAUUAUCCUGACAAACAUUUUUCUAUGAUAUUCUUUCUGGUGGUCUUGAGAUA